UAUUUGUGAAGAGCAAGAGGAGGCGCUGAAGGACGGCGGCUCCGCGCGGAGAGAAGGCGGCGGCGGUGGAGACGUUGGAGCCCCGCCCCUCGCGGACACGUUGCCCGGGGAGAGGCUGCACGGGCUGGAUGGUGCCUUCAUGGUCUCAGUGCAUCAUCAGUCGGCUCAGUCUGUCAGCGCGUCCGGUCCGCACACUACAGUCGGCAGCUGCAUGUCCUCAAGUCACCGCACCGGACGGGAAACGGACGGUUCACGAGUGGUGUGUGAUGUUCUCUGCUGGCUGAGAGUCUAGCGUCACCAUGUCGACCUCGGACUCAGAUUACUCCAUUGACUGGCUUGGCAGUGAUGAGGACGACUACGACAGCCCAAAGACACUGAGUCCUGAGCCGGAAGGUGCCGCGCCGCCUCCUUCCUCAUCCUCAUCCUCAUCUUUAAGGGAGUCUCCUCGCAGUCGCCUCCCCUCUGGACCGACCCACAGGAGGACGGGGGCGGACCGCUGUUACAGGGGCGGCAUUGACCCUCCACCUGGUCCACGGACCUCAGCCGUCAGUCCAGUUCAGGGAUUUACCUGUGUUUGUGAGCAGCUGACAUCCUCUGUGGGGUCCAAGCAUCAUCCGAGCAGGAAGAGAGAACACUGCGCCGGAGUGGACGCACCCUGUGAAAAGCCUCAAGCAGACACUGAAAAUGAACUGUUUUCACACAAGUGCAUGGAACUGCAGUGCUACAUCCCUCCUCUGUCGUCCAUCCUGCGGGGCCUGAGAUCAGGACGGUACUCCGAACGUCUCAGCAGUUUCCAGGAGAGCGUCGCAAUGGACCGUAUCCAGAGAAUAAUGGGAGUCCUUCAGAAUCCAAACAUGGGUGGACGAUUUCUCAGCAUUAUUCUGAAAAUUGAAGAAAUGCUACAGAGUUGGUUCCCUCAUAUAAAACCAGACCCAACAGACGACAGCACUCCAGCAAAGAAGCAAAAGAUGCAUCCUUGCGGUGCGUCCCCUCCCCCCUCCUCUCUGGUGUCUCAGUGCUCCUCAGAAGACGAGCCCAUCCGUUCGUCCUCGUCCUUGUCCACUCGUCUCCGGUGGUUCCACAUGUCACCCAUCUGUUCCCUGAAAACUCUGGAGUCCACGCCGGCCCCGCCCCCCUCCUGCAGCCAGGAGCUGACCCAGGACAACGCCGUGUCCUCCAGCACCGACUCCCACAGCGGGCUGACACAACGCCAUGCCUCUAACAGUCAUGUGACCGCGCUGCCCCUGCCCUUUAAGAUCAGGUCUCCCUGUCUGGAGAGACUCCUGCAGGCCAAGGAGAGCAUCAUCACCCCGAGGACUGUGGGAAACAGAGGCGGGCCCAGCUGGCUGUCUUAGCCGCCUGCAGGACUGCGUUUGACACUGUACUGAUGUGGGUCAGACCCGGUGAGACCGGAUCUACUCAGACCCUGUGUGGCUUCCACAGAGCCGCUCCAGGCUCCAGGCCUUAACGCAUGUUUCCAACGUCUUCUCCAGUUUUUUACACGAGCAGCUGAGGUGCACUUUGCUCUGAGUCAGUGAAGGUCAGGAGGAGGCGUGGCUUUGACUCUGACAUCACCACUGACUGACGGGGACGUUUUCUUUUAGAAUGUUGACGUGGAGUUGUUGCAAAUUAUGGAAGCAAAUCUGUCUCACUAGGCUUUGAAACGUAUACCCUCAGUAUGUAGCAUUUAAAACAUCUCAGACAGACGAGGCCUAAAUUCUAUAUGUACGUGACUCGUGUAUCGAUGUUACAUCAGUAUUUUCUGAGGCUGUUUGGAUUCAGAAAAAUCCAUUAAUUUAUUCGCUGUAAUGAUCAUUUAUAUUUGGUUGCCUCCUGAUGAUGUCCUAUUGCAUUUAUGAAGCCAAAAUAACAUUUAAUGUUACUUUUGUUUCAUGAGAAUCAAAUGACGUUAUGCGAACAUACGUCACUAAACAUGAUGUGAAUAAGGGCGUUAUUGUUUGUCAUCGACUGAACUCUUAGUUAAAUUCUCUAUGUCUAGUCCAAUAUAUAUUUUUGGAGCUUUUAUUUUGAAAGGUAAAGGUGGAAGUAGUGGAGCUUUAAUGCGUCUAUAAUGGUUUUGUUUGACUGAUGCUCAGCAGCAGAAAAUACAUACAUACUGUACUGUAGAUUUUAAAUAUUUGACAAAUUUUAUUUUUGCAUUGAACUUGUGGAAACACUUUACUGUAAAGGUACAGUUUCAAUGCAAAAAUCCAACCGAACCCCGGUGAGACAAUGACACAGAUUCCCUUCCAUACAGGUGGACUGUGUGAGUUGGACAGAUUUCAGCUUCCAAUGAGUCCAAAGGUUGUGACGUCACAGACAGACAGGACCGUACUGAGGUGUGUGAAUACGUAGCUCCUCUGAAAACAUGGACAUGGCUGUAAAACAUGAAUGAGUGCACAUUACGGUUGGUUUGAAAACUAUGGAAGCCUCUUUCCACCACAUGAAAAAAUCCUGUAAAUCAAAAUAUUUGAUUGAAUCUUUGAACAUCCACUUCAAACAAAUAUCUCAUUAUUUAAAGAAGUGAAGUCAUUGUUUUACAGGAUCUUUUUUGCGUCAUCGUGGCCGGAAGUUGCUUCUACAGACCCAGCACUUCGACUGUUACCUUGAUCUGCUUCUCUUUAGGUUUUGAAGGAGUCCUCUACCUCAUACUAACGUCACAGAUGAAUCACCUCAACAUCAGGUUUCAUUCCUCAAAACUCAUGAAUUUUACAGAAGCUGACGAACGCAGCCAUUUUAGGCCUCACACCCUAUCAACAAAAUCUACAAAUCAGCUUUAAUCUGACCUUCAACUCAUUAUUAUUUAAGUUUUUAAAUAAUCUGCUUAUCAUUUUCUUGAUUGUAUC